ACCAGCUUGCCAAGCCUGAGGCAGUCUAGCUCCUCAGUUGUUGCCAUUGAGAAGCAGCUGCUAGCUUAGCCACCUCUCAGAAAUGAAGAUGAAGAUUGGCAAGGCCCCAGUGCUCCUCAAGAAGGCGGCGGCUAUCUGCAAAAGCAAGACCGGCGUUGUCAUGGCCAGGCUCCGCAUCCUCACCUCGCCCCACCGCAGGAUGGCCACGAUCGGCGCCAUCUCUCACAGGAUCCACACUCUCAUUGUGGAAAAUCAGGAGAAGGGUGCCAAGGUGGACUACCACAAGACCUUGGUCCGCAAGGUCGAGAGGCAGGCAUGCCAUGGGAUGGUUGAUGAUCUGUUUCACCAUCUAGCACAGUUUGAUGAAGAUGAUGGUGUUGGUGGCUGUCCUAACUGGACACUUCACCCGAUCUUCAGCGACGGUGAUAAUUGUUGUUACACUUAUGGGUAUGACGACAAUGACGAUGAUGAAGAUGAGCCCUCGGUGGUGGAUGCAAUUAGGAGCAACCAGGAGGCUGCGGAGUUGGCAUUCAACAUGGACGACGAUAUCGACCAGGCUGCUUAAAUGUUCAUCAGAAGGUUCCGUGAGCAGAUGAACAAGAGCUUUUGAUGAGGUUUCAUUCCAUAUGUACCUUACACGAGUGUUACCACUAAAUAGGUGACACUAGGGAGUGAGAUCGAUGCCAUAGAUAGGCUGGGACGAGUGGGCGCAUGAACUUGCAUGUGUGUCCAUUUUCACGAUAGGAGAUUUUUGCGGGAGUCCCAAGUUAGAAGUUUUGACA